AUGCCAAGCAAUAAAGAGGAGAAAAUGCAGAUCUCUAAGCUGAAAAAGUCUUACGAAUUCGAUGAUCUUUUAGCCAUGGUCGGCGGUUUCGGUCGAUAUAACUUUCUGCUGUAUUCAUUUUUGUGUGUGAUGACAGUACCCAUCGGCUUGCAGCAGCUUGUACAGGUGUUUUACGGCGCAACUCCUAAGUAUUCCUGCGUUUCUUUUUCACACACACUGGGAAACAACACAUGCACAGUUCUUAAGGCUGGAACAUGUUGUGAAAAAUGCACAGAGUACAAUUUUAGCGGCCGUUUGACUAGUGCCGUGACAGAGGUAAGAGUUACUUUACUUUAUACCUGUUUGUCUGUCUGUUUGAGGUGUAAACUGUUAAGCUUUAAGCUUGUAGUAGAAACUGAAGUUAAAAUAUGACGCGUGUGAACGAAGAAAAACUUUGUAAAGAAAUUUACAUGUAACCCUGACACAAGUCUGUCAGUUUCAUAUGUCCUCGUCUAGCAACCUUUAACACCGACUGAUUACGUAAGUUGCGCUGGCUCGCUUUGCCAAGAUAGCUGAACGUUUAUUAAACUAAAUAAAAUCUUGAACUAUGGGAAGCCAAAUGUAGCAAUAUUCAAUUAGUUUAACUUUAUAUGUAGUCUUGUAUUAUGUAUUCAACUAUGUGUUUAAUAUUCAACUAACGCGCUAUUCAAUAUUCAACUUUCCAUUCAGCAUUCAACUAUUCAUUUUAUAUUCACUUCUUCAUUCACCCAUUCAUUUUCUAUUCAACAAUUUCAACUACUUAUUCAACAUGCAACUAUAAUUUUUAAACAUUCAACUAUUCAUGCAAGAUUCAACUAUAAUUCAAGAUUCAACUAUUCGUUUCAGUUCAUUAACUCUUUUGAGCCCUCUAUGGGGGACAUGGUUGUUCACGGUAUAGGCUUUUUUUCAAGCGGUAUUUCGGUAUUUUUGAUUUUAAUAUACGGUAUUGCGGUAUCAUCUAGCCCUGCGGUAUACGGUUUUGCAUCCUUUUGGUUAACGGUAUUCGGUAGAAGAAGAGCCUUCACGGUACUGUAGUACCAUUUAUUUGCGCUCUUCUGUCUAAUACAGAUCAGUACAAUGUGCAACACGAACGACAGUAAGCUAAACAGGUUAAUAACAGUUAAUAUUUCAAGACUUUAGACUAAUAACGGUAAAUGAUUAUACAAUCUAUGACAAAAUUGGAAGGGCAUCCAAUGACCGGGCUUUUUGAUAGUUGUACCGAUCAAGGUCUUCUCGCGUUUCCUCCCAAUGUCUGAGGUUGAUUUCUGGUGCAUACAUGCUUGAGGUAAACAAACACGCGAGGUGAAUACAGCUUUAAGUAAACGUGUCCGGUCAUAAUUGAGGUAUCGGUAUUUCGUCGAUUUUUGACACGGUAUUUCCGUAUUUGCCAAUUUUUCUUGCGGUAUUGCGGUAUUGGGUACCCCCCAAUGUCCUCUUCUCUAUGGAACGCCAAGCGUGACAAAAGUGUGGUACUGUGAAAACUAAAAUGUAGGUUGUAUCACUGAAUAUAUGCUGCACUGUGUUGUAAAUGGGUUGAAAAUUGCGUAUAUAUAGCUUACGGCGAGACAAAUACAGGUUGUAAAUUUGAACAUAUACAGACUUCGAUUUUUGAAAACCAGGUUAGCAAAAAUAUCAACUCAUUCUACUACCUGGCAAUUUAAAGCAACAAAACUUAUUCAAAGGCCGAUUAAAAGCCUUUAUCUGACGCCGGGCAGUAGGUUAGUGGUCCCUAGAAGCAUUCCAACGAGUCCAAAUUUAAAAUGACUCAAAUUUUAGAACAUUUAUUCAGUAAACUGACUUCGCGAAGUUUCAAAUCGGUGUCAUUUCAGUCUAGAAAUUUUUAAGUUGAGUGAACUGCAGCGAAAGAGUGCCUGGUUAAGGCUUACAUAACAACUUAAAUAGUUAGCAAAACACUACUUUUUCCGCGGUUCGAUAGACAACAGAAUUCCACAUGGAAUAGACAACAAACUGAAUGAAACUUAGUGCACAAAUUAUCACUUUUUCUAUCUGCAAAAAUCGGCUUAUGGUUCAAUACCAUUAGAGCCCGCUGAAACUAGACCUAGAUCCAAUUUUCCUGAGUCGAGGGUUGCUUUUCCAAGGUACAAUCAGUUAAGCUAAACACCGACGAAACGAUAUUAAUGGCUGGCACAGAAUAUUUUGGCCAAACCGCAGUUCAACCACGCGAUCACAUACCUGUCAACACCAUGCGGAAAUCACACAAUCACACACUUUCGCGGCACUUAUAAGACUCUCCCGGCCACAACCCCGCAUAAUCUUCUCAUGGGCUAUUGACUCAGCCGCCUUUGUUUUGGUUUUCAAAGCCGGCGCUUUUCGCUGCUGGUAUAUAGGCUGUAACACAUAGCUUAGUAGUAGCUCAACCAACAAGAACGCAGCAUUGAUAAUAGACCGCUAGUUGGAUUCUGUUAAUGAUGCUUAGUUUCCCCUGUACCGAGAUAAAGUCACCUCACGGCGAAGCGUGCCAGCCCGGGCAGCUCAUGUUGGCUUGUGUUACCAGUACAUUAGACUAUAUUUGUUGUUCAAGUUAAAUCAAAGAAGCAAGACUUUUCGCUUCCAGCAUAUCAUCAGCUAGUAGGCGAAGGGAGGCUAAGUAUUUCGCUCUCUGACGCCCACAAUAUAAACGGUCAUCAAGCACGCAAAAAUGCGAGACACUCUAGCUUACAGUGCACGUGCAAACGGGCGCAACUCUCCCAACAUUGUUGGGAGCUCCAAAGAGGGUAAAUAAGGGCCUGUUUACAUGGAGGUUUGGGGACCCCAGGUAGGUGAAGUAACAUGCGGCGGGUCACUCCUUCUAUCAUGUAAACGUGAUCAAAUUAGAAUGAGAGAUUAUGAGGACAGGCGGGUUACCCACCAAAGCGGGUUACCUCACCUACCUGGGGUCCCCCACCUCCAUGUAAACAGGCCCUAAAGGCGGCUAGAAUCGAAUCGUGCCAUAAUGAACUGGGAUUUCCUUGAGUUAACCGAAGAAGUAGGAGUGAGAAAAGUAUGAACAAAAUCGUCUAUAAACCAAAAUUUCUCACCUCCGCCACUUCCUCCAAAACGUUUCACUUUAAACCCUUGUUGUGUGUCACUAGGCUAACACGACUCACCUACUCAGCACUGUUUUCAAAAUACAACGCAUCCGGAAUUAGUGAGAUAAAAAGGUCCACGUUUCACUGUUCAACUUCUUGUAUAUUUUUCAAAAAUGGUGACAAACAAAAGCACAUAAAACGCUGUAAAUAGCCUUUAAAAGCGAAAAGAUGUAAUUUGUUAUAGAAUUAAAUGUGGUCGAUCUAAGCUGAUCUUACUUGAAUUCAUAAAAACAAAUAAAGUAUUCAGAACACACUGUUAACAUAACAUCUACAUAUCCGAUUAUCUUAGAAUGGAAAUUUUCCUAUAUAAAAAAAUCGCCAACGUUUCAUCUGCGAACGAGGGUCAGAAAAUAGAUACCAGCUCCCGGGCGAGAAAAACUGAACACAUGAGAUCGAGGCAAAAUGUGCCAGGCCGGUCCAAGACGGCAUCCAAACCGUGAAAUCGCAUGGCAUUCGGAACGGUUACUACAUCGUGUACGGUACACGAAUAGUAAGCGUUCUCCUUCGUUGAACGCAAAUAUACAUCAACUUGCUCUGUUUUUCUUUCUUUUCUUACUAUUUCUUUCUUUCUAUUUUCUCUUCGUUUUCAGUGGGACUUAGUAUGCGAUAGGAAGCACUUGAAAGCGAUGACCCAGACCGUUUACAUGGGCGGGCUGUUGGUUGGUUCGGUCGCCUUCAGUGCUUUGUCUGAUCAUGUUGGUCGCAAGAUCGUGGCUUUCCUCAGUAUCUUUUUCCUGGUAAGUAUACCCAGGUGCAAGGAUGCUAACCUAGCUUCAGAAAACAGCCGACAUUAGGUGACUCCACCACUGGUUUCCCUGCGAAAUGACGUCAGAGAAACGAACGCAGAAAUUCCAUACUGAUGACGCGUCCUAAGCGGCGCGACCAAUCAGAAGCCCUACCCAGAUCUGGGUAGUGAUACGUCAUCAGUUUGAAAUUCCUGCGCAUGUUUCUGUCGCAAGAAAACCAUGGCGUCGCGAAAUGUCGGCUGUUUUCUCAGGGUAUUGCUAACGUAGCAGGAGCCUUUUAACCAGAUAUAUCACGGACGGUUACUCUGACUUUCUCGUUUCUAUUAGUUAUUAGAGUUAGCUUAAAACACUGCUAACAAUGCUCCGCCUAUAGUCAUCAUGAUCUCAUUUUAGCAGCUAAGAGAGGCUACAUGAAAACGGUCGCAACAACUCCUAACAUUGCUGGUCCAACAAUGUUGAGAGUCACGUGAUAUUUCAGGAGUGCAAACCAGUGAUAAAAUUUGCCAAUUCGAGUAAUCGCGUACCCUGGUCCCAGAGGUUUUUCUUGAUUUUUCUUCGCGAAAGAGAUCAACAGCAACCCGCGAAGCAGCGACAACGAGUCGCGUAAGCGACGAGGAGAGAGAGAAAAACCUCUGGUUACCUUGGCCUCGAAUCUCACUUUCAUGCAGACGACAGCUGUCAAACGCGUCAAAUUGCUAAUAAAAAGAGUGACCAAUGGCAACUUAGCAAACACGUGCUUAUCAGCCGCUAUUUUUUUAAGUGGGGGUAGACCUGGGGAAAUUAUGUUAUGAACAAACCAUCUUCACUUGGGUGGUAAAGAGUGAUUUGUUAAUCGGGGUCAAGCUAAAGCAUGUGUUAACGAUGGGCGACAAGAGUCCAGGAAUAAGAAGACCACUUUAUAAAGAAACCGACAUUGUUCCAAACGAAUGCUGCAGGAUUUGCAGAAUUUAUUUGGGUAUAAUAACAAGGAUUUUUUCACAAACAUUGUCAUCUGUUCUGUCAGCAGUGUGCCAGGGGAAGUUGUAAAGUUUGCAAGAGUCUAUCAAUCGCGCUUAUUAUAUUGUUUACUUCUGCGGGGCGCGCCGUUCGCGUCGAUUCGCAGGCAUUCACCCCAAAAUAAUAAUAUUUAUAAUGUAUUCUGGCAAUCUGGCUCGCAUUUUGGUUUGGCGGCUCCAUUUCCUUUUUUGUGGAACGACAGCGCUAGGAAGAGUCAUGCAGCACAACAAACCCUUAAGUUUCGGAGUGUACGUUCAGAGGUUUUGUUGGCCCAAUAGACCUAUUCGGCUAACUCAAUGUACCGAAUUCAAACCCUUUGAGAAUAAAACGUUUUGUUUCAGGAAUUUCCAUAUCAUUUAAAUGUGAAUGCCACAUUAUAAUGCAAAUGCAAUACACAAAGAAUCUUAUCCCCGGGAGAUUUGGAUUGGGUAGAACAUUGAGUUAGCCGAAUAGGUCUAUGCCAAAAAUAGCGUCGGUUAGAUCUCUUUUGGGCGUCGCAGGAAAAUCAAGCUGCACCCGAAAAUGAUUAUGUACUUGUACAAAGUUGUAUGUUUUUUUUCCUACAAGGAAACUUUCAUUCCGUAUUCGGAGAUUUUUUAUUUUACUGCCCUAAACAAGUUAGUUUAUUUAAUGGAAUGACAGUAUUGUAACAGAAAAUAUACUUUCCAUGUCCGGUUGAUAAAAUGGUGAACACAUCCUUUCGACUCAACGAAGCGAACAAAGCUUUCUUUUGUUGCUCAGUGAGAUUCAGGAAAGCGCUCAUUAAGUACCGAGGUCAAAAUUUCUUCGAAUAUUCUUUCAGGAACAACAUCCAUGGCGUGCCUCUACGUGCCUUGGUCCAGUGCAAAUGUUAUUGCGAGUGCAGCAUACAAACAAUUUUCUUCCCUAGUAGAGAGAGGCAAAAUGAGGUGUGAAAAUCCUCAGCGUCCCCUCGGUAGUUACAAUUAAACGAGCCAAUCAAAUUGGUUUGCGCGUUUGAAAAACUAUCAACCAAUCAACGCCCGAGGGUCAGAUCCUGACCCUGUCGUCAGCAUGGAAGUGAGAUUCGAGGCCAAGGUAACCAGAGGUUUUUCUCUCUCUCCUCGUCGCUUUCGCGACUCGUUGUCGCCGCUUCGCGGUUUGCUCUUGAUCUCUUUCGCGAAGAAAAAUCAAGAAAAACCUCUGGGACCAGGGUAGUAAUCGCGGUUCAGUUUGUUUAUUCUAUAAAAACGAGACGACGUUUUCAUAAUCAUGCAAAACGGACGUAUCGAGUUUUCGCAAGAUUUACGUCAUUACUGUUUGCCAUGAGGGCAUCUACGGUCGCUACUGCAUCCAAAAAAGCAACAAUGAUCACUUUCACCCAUAUUUUGACGUUAUCGUUUUUAAGAUGAAAAGGUCUUCAUUUCUUGUUGUCUAUAAUAAACAAACUCAACCGCGAUUUCUUCCAUUGGCAAUUUUUUCACUUGUUGCCCCCUGAGAAACCACGUGACAUUGCUUUUAUCCCAUCAGUCCUUGAGUGCGUGCAAAGAUGGCGGGUAUCGUUAAUACGGUCUAUCAACGCUAGAGUCCCAGGUUAGGGGUAUUUAACAAUUAUACCUCGAGCUCGAAUGGGCUCUGAGUCAAUAGCCCAUGAGAAGGCCUCAUGAGCUAUUGACUCAGAGGCCAUGAGGGCGAGAGGAAUAAUUGUUUUAGUAAAAUCCAACUAGUUGGUCAAAAAUAUCGAGAAUAAAAAACUUUUAGCUAGUUAAAGCUAGACUUUAAUCCUUUUUUGCCGCCAAAAAGCUCGCGUUUUUCGCUACUAGUGGGCUAUAACAUAUAGCCUAGCAGUAGCGCAACGUAUCAGAACGCAGCAUUGAUAAUAGACCACCAGCUGGAUUUUACUAAAAAAGAAAAGAAAUCGCUUUGAGAUUCAGGGAUGAAUAAUUCAUUUCUUAUGUUUUAUACCCCUAAGCAUCGAAGCCGGCAGCAUCAAUUUUCUUGUUUACAUUCUUGUGUUAGGAGUGAAUAGAGAAAAGUGUGACCUCACGUUACCAUGGUAACAAACUCUCUGGAUCACAACAAUAAGGGGCUCAAGAAACGACGACGGCGACGGCAACGAGAACGGCAAAAAAGCAAAAGGUUAAGAUUAGCAAAACAAUAUUUUUUCACUUGCAUUACGUUUUUUGUACAUUUGCAACAUGAAACUUCCUAAUUUCUCACGCCUUCUUUAUGGAGUAGGCGAACGCAACACACACACAAAAAAAGAUUUGGUCCUUUCGUAUUCAACCCCAGAAAAUGUCGUCAAUAUUUGACAAAUUAAAUGGAAUCGAAUAAGAUCGUCGCUGAAGUUUGAAACAGUGCAAAAUCACUUUUUAAGUGACGCAGUCUGUUUGUUAUCAUCCAUAGCAACGUGACAUACGACUUCUCCUCUCUGUUGCACUCGUUUUUGUGCGUGGAGAAACUCCGAGACUAGCUAAUUAAGGAUCCCAGUCGGGGAUCUUUAGAUUCCAAGACAAGGACAAGGGUUUUCUCAUUACUUAGUAUUGAGCGCAGGCGAACCAGCGUUAUUUUGGCGGGAAAACGCGAUAGCCAUUGUCAUCCUACUAGUUACAGGCUUUGACGAGAGUGUCGUAGUGAAGGAAACAAGUUAUAAAAUGUUAAAAAUUUGUGCAAAAGGGAAAAUGUUUCUCUUUUACGAGAACUCGCAAGAAAAGAAGUCAAAUCUCAUCCUCGUCCUUGAAUGUAAAGAGGUCUACUGUCUUUAUCGCGGGGCACCAUGAGUAAGAAAAUUUGAAAACGUUACAGUCAAGAAGACUUUUGCAGGGACUGAUCAAACAACGUGAAAUAGAGUUAAGUUGAGAUAUUUCGACUGGCCAAUACCAGUCUUUGUCAGGUGAUGAAGACACCUGAUGAAGACUGGUACUGGUAUUGGCCAGUCGAAAUAUCUCAACUUAACUCUAUUUCACGUUGUUUGAUCAGUCCCUGCAAAAGUCCUCUUGACUGUAACGUUUUCAAUUUUAUCUAUUUUGACUGGUCACGAUCUUUUUGGAUCCGACGUUGAGCAAGAUUGUUCGCACACGGUUUUUGCAGAGGUUUUUUUUACCUAACUAAACAAGAAAAUUUGGUUAUCCAUGCCUCCGCGAAAUUUUGCUAGUGACUUGUAGUCACGUGACCGUCCGCCCGUCCGCCCGCACCAAAGGGUUACCAAUCUAAAAUACAUGUUACCCAAUCAACAAAGGAGACGAAUUUCGUUGGAAGAACAAUAUGAUAUACCGGAGGAGGGGGCAGCGAAGAAAAAAGAAAAAAAAGCGAACAGCAAUACAAGCAACAAAUUUUUUUGUGACCACAUACAACGUUUUCUCCAUAAGACGUGGAACUCGGAAGUUUCACGUUACAACAACAACGGCAAAGAAAUGUACAAAAAAGUGUGCUGCACGUGCAAAGAAUGUUUUUUUUUUCGCCAAUUACACCUACUGAUUUUUUUUUUUGCCGUUCUCGUUGCCGUCGCCGUUUAGCAUUGUACAUAUUUGUGUUAGGUUUGGGUAAAUUAUAAGUAUAUUAACGAGAGCUUCGCUUUUAACCCUGGCUAAAUCUAUAUGUUACCCCAGGGUGCUGGAGCCACGGUCUCCGCUGUCGCAGACUGUCUUUCCUUGUUCACAUUGUUUCGUUUCGUGGCUGGAGCUGGCACAGCUGGUUGCCUUCUCUCUCGGUUCGUCUACUGCAUGGAGAUUACACAGAUCAACAAUCGUACAGCAGCAGGAAUGGUUAACAACAUCUUUGUUAGUGUUGGCUUUGUAGUGCUGUCGCUUUUGGCUUAUCUAAUUCGAGACUGGAGGUAUCUUAUGCUCACUGUGUCUCUACCUGGGCUGCCACUGCUUCUCUGUUGGUGGUAAGGAAAUUUUACUUUAUGCCUUCUUUCUCUACUAACCUGAAAAUUCAGCUGCCUCUCCUCGAUACAGUUAUUUCGAGAAAGGUUGUCGGAAAAAAUGCGCAGGCGACAAUCCCGAAAGGUAAUAUGGGGUAUGAUCAAUACACUGUUCCUGAGAUUGUAGCUGUCGAACCUGUUUUUGUUGCUUUCCUCUAGCACUCACAAACAAACGUCCAUGGCCUCUCGUGCCAAUCUUUCAAAUUUUUUGAAGAACAGUGAACUCAAAACUACCCACAAUACCUUUCGGGAUUGUUUCGUGCACGUUUUUCUACAACCUUUCUCGAAAUAGCUGUAUAUGCAAGGCUCUCUCGAUUAGAUUGAUUGUAUAGCCCCACUGGAAAUCCGAGACAUUCUUGGAUACUGGAUUCCAGUCUAUGUCAGUGGAACUUGGAUUCUGGAUUCCAAUCGUUAGUGGGAUUCCGGAAUCCUUGAGAUGUAUUCCGGAUUCCAAAGCCCAGGAUUCCACCUUCCACUAGCAAACUUCCGCAUUACCUUACAUGCGGCGAAAUACUGCCGUCUCUUCUCGUUCCUUUGAGGAGAGACAGCUGCAUUCGCAGGCUAAUAGCCCCCGGGCCUCUGUUUCAAAAUGAGGGUAGGUGCUCAGCCUUUAAUAUGGAGAUCAUUUUUCAUUCUCAUGCAAAUAAAACUCAUUUUCACAAGAAAGGUUGAGCACCUAGCCUCAUUUUGAAAGCGAGGGCUUUUAGAACUCGGAAGUGGCCUAUUGUUUUGUCGAGGCCCAGGAAUAAAAUCAACAUAACAAAGGUAAAUUAAUAAUGAUAAUAGAACUGAGUGGGUUCCAAUUCAGCCUGUAAUCAUACGAGUGCGAUUUGUUUAAUCACGAGUACGAUUACAAACCGAAUUGGAAGACAUUGUGUUACCGAUUAAUCAUAACUAUAACAAAAUUUAUUAUAUUUCAGGCUUUGUUCUAAUCAAACACAAGAAAUUGCGAGCGUUUUUUUGCUAGCAGUGAAGAAAAGCCAUUUAAGCGCGCGCGUGCGAUGGCGGGUACUGUCCGAUUACAGGCAUGACGCGUACUGUCCUAUAACACUGUCCAUUAGUGCUGAAAUCAGGACAGUUGAUAGCCAACCAGAUUUGAGAAUUUUGUUAUAGUUAUUGUUAAAGAUAAAACAGUGUCGAAAUAGUGUAUAGCAUAAUGAAUGUACCAAAAGAUUAAACUUUGCUUUAAAGCUUAAAGAGGCUGUGUCACGACCAACUUAGCGUCCUAAGCGUCCUAAAUUGCAAAGGAACUUAACGUUGCCGAAGAAAUUACUUACAAAGGACAAAUCACUGCUUCAUGUUAAACAAAUAUAUCUCCUAAGCAUUGCACUGUUUGAAUUUUGAAAAAAUUUCACUUGUGAUACAGCUCCUUUAAGGAGGCAUCAAAUAACGGGCUUAAUGCUCUGUUAACUUAUUUCCAAGGGUCAUUCCAGAAUCCCCUCGCUGGUUAAUCGCCAAGAAUCGUCUGGACGAAGCGCAUGAGCUGCUAAUGAAGUACGCAAGGAAAAAUCGAGUGAACGUAGACUCCGAACAUCUCCAUCACGCCAUACAAGAAUUUAAGAAAGAAGAAGACAAGAAUCGGAAUCAGUUUAGAAAAACUUAUGGCAUUCUUGACAUGUUCAGAACACCAAAGCUUAGAAAAAGAACCGUCAUUUGUGGAUUCAACUGGUAAGUCCCCCAGGUGGUACUCCUGGGAAUUCUUGGUGGGAGUGUACAGUCGACUCUCUCUUAACGGACACCUCUAUAAGACGGACACCUCUCUAAAACGGACACCUAGAGGUGGUCUCUGCCUUUCUUUGCUCCCUCUAUUUGACUUUCUAUAAGACGGACAUCUCUCGAAGACGAAAAGCUAGUGCCGGUCCCAAAGGUGUCCGUCUUAGAGAGAGGUGACUGUACCGCAGGGUUCUUUCAAAUUCUGACCCUAUUUCAGACCAAAAAAUGUCAUUUUUCACACCCGUUUUCAGACCAGUGGGGCCCGUUUCUCGAACGUACCGAUAACUUUUCGCGCCAGAAAAUCCGUUUUAUGUUUGCCGUGUUUGCAUUCAAGAUCAAAGUUUCAUUAAAUUUCAUUAAAUUAGCGAAGCAAAACUAACCGAUUUGUAAGCUAGGAACUGUGCUACUAUUUAACAGGUUUUGAUUUCAAAAUUUGCCUUUGGAGCCGAAAAGUUACCGGGCCUUUCGAGAAACAGGCCCUCGGCCUCUUAGAAAUUACGUCAUCAUAACUUAGAUUAAGACGCCAACAUUUCGAAUUCGCGUAUUUCUUUCUUUCUUAUUCAUUUGGAAUUGAAAUGAUAAAUACGUUCGCAAAAAGAAAGCGGCGCAAAAAACCAUACUCUUUUGGGCGGUCCGUACCUUUCUGGCUUAUAUUCAACAAUUCCUCAAGCCCGAAUGGGCUAUUGGGAUAUUCACUCAGAGCCCAUGAGGGCGAGAGGAAUAAUUAUUUUAGUAAAAUCCAAGUAGUUGUUCAAAAAUAUCGAGACAGAACAACGUUAGCUAGCAAAACACGAUUCAGCCGCCAUUGUUUUGGUUUUCAAAGCCGGCGCUUUUCGCUGCUAGUGGACUAUAACAUAUGGCCUAGUCGUAGCUCAACCAAUCAGAACGCAGCAUUGAUAAUAGACCACUAGUUGGAUUUUCCCAACAGGGAGUAUCCCCCGGGGUGAGUCCGUAGAAUUGAAUCUCCAAGCAUGUAGGCAAUUAAGCGAACAAAUCAAAAGGCCCAAUCUUUUCAUGUCAAACAUUACGUAAUUGUACCUGGCUACUGGUUAGCAAUUGCGCAUUGGAUAGACAGUAAACCUGAAACCGCCCUCGUUUAAUACUGCUUUUGCUGUUUUUAGGUUAUUUGAUUUUCACCCUCCCACCCACUCUUAAAGUCGAAUACAGGUAGCGCAUCGUAGAGCAGAUCUGAAGAAAUAUCCACAACUAAACGCAAUUGUUCAUAUUGCUUUCUUCUUGCAGGUUUGCGAAUGGAUUGGUGUACUUUGGAAUAAGCUUAAACGUGGGAAACUUAGCAGGCGACAUGUACCUCAAUUUCUUUUUCUUGAGCAUUGUGGAAAUUCCUGGAGCAUUGCUACUCUGGUUUUUACUAAAACGGUGGGGCUUAUAUGAUAUUCAAACUAACAAUCAAUAAUUCUGGGGUGAAUAUACCGUAAAUACUCGAAUUUAUGCCCGGGGUGUUUGUUAUGAGUCGAGAAGGGGUGCUGCUCUAAUAAGUGCGCUUGAUUGAAGGGUAGCGGUUAUGGUUGGUCUUUUUCAAAUUUCUUAAAAUGAUAUGGACUUGAUUUCUAGUAGAUACAAAGUGAAACAGUAAACUAGAAGUUAUCUGUAAGGAAAAACACAAAUAUAUGUGUUAAUGUCCUUUCGAAAGUUCUUCUUCCUCCUACUAGUGCUCCAGUUUUUUACCAUAUAUUUGGUGAUUAUAUUUUCCAGGGGAGGGUUGGGGGACGCGCAUUUAAGGGGUCACUAAAUCAUAAUAGCAUUUAAGAUUAAAACCUCCAUUACAAUGAUGAUAGAAACUGUUCAUAUCGCCAGGGUUGUUAAAGGAACAUACAUCUUUUUUUACUGAGGGAACGUACUACAGCGAAUGUGAUCACUUUCAAAGUAAUUUCAGGCUGUUAAGGUUUCCCAAUGUUGUUCUUGUUUUCCUUAAUAACUAACAACGUUUGCUUAAUUGUUAAUAAGAAUUUAUCAAUGGCACUUAAAAAUAACCUUUAGUAAUUUACGUUUCACACGAUAAUAUUAUUUUCUGACCUGUAAGUCAACCUUCCUUGUAAGUUCCUGUCAGUGAAAAACAUGCCGGGCUCACCUGAAUUAGACUUAACCGAUGGUACGCUUAUUUUUAUCACCCUUGGAACCAGCCUCAUCCAUUAUCCGUUCUUCUCACAUUUUUACUUCGCACAUUUGUCAUUACUUUGAGUGUUCAUUAGUUGCAGUAUUUGCCAGUAUGUAUUUACUCAGGGAACGGCGAGAUGAAUGCGAACAAUAACUCAGUUUACUGUUUUUUUUUUUUCCAGAUAUGGUCGCCGUAUACCAUACGCUUCCUUCAUGAUCUUUGGAGGACUGGCAGGAACGCUAGUAUCAGCCGUUCCAUCGCAUGAAGGUAAAUAAAGGCCUGCGCACGCGCCGUCUCACUUCGAUUCGGCGAAAACUAAAUUCAGUCAGUUGACGCACGAAAUAUCGCCUAUACCGCUAGCCUUUGCGUUUGCUCUUAGGGAGUAAAAGCCAACUUUGCCCGAAUACGUCAAAAGUGAAUAACCUUAGUUUGUUUUCCUCGUUAAAUGUAGAUCAAAACAUAGAGUUGGCUUAGAGUUGUGCCCGGGGGGGUGGGGGGGAGGGGGGUGUACUCCCUUCUAUUGCCUAUACGGGGAUUUUGUGCCGCUGGACAGGGUAUGGUUUUCCUCCUCUCUGUCCUAAACAGGUGAUCUAAUUUCGUACGAGUCUUCAGUUCCUAAACAGGGUUUAUAAUUUGGCGCAAGUCUAUGCUAAACAGUGUGCAUGAUUUGUGCGAGUCUGUUCUAGUAUUAAAAUUGAGGGAGUUGUCCUAAACAGGGUACAAAAAUUGAGGAUGUCUUCCUAAAUUAAAACAGGGCCAGGGUUUGAAACCCUCAGCGGCUCACCCAUACCCAAAUAUUGGUCGAGUACCCCCCCCCCCCCCCCCCGGGAGUUGUGCAAAGGUACUUAAAACGCGCGUCAAAGAUAUUAUACCUUUGCCAUGCUUUUCUCUCUUUUUCAGACCAAAUUUGUGGGAUAAUAUAUUAAAAGUAAUAUAACCAAAGGCACCACUAAACCAAUCCCCGAUUUUGGUUCUCCUGCUUUUUUAAGCGAAGCCUCGUUGUUUAAGAAAGGAGGCAGUCGGCUGCGGGUGCACCUUGUUCCUUUUCCAGAUAAUUCAUAUCACUUCGUAGAAAGCGGCGUGCCGAAGGUCAGGUAAUGUCAUUAACGUGGAAGAGGUUAGUCUGAUUGUUCGCGUGCCAUCGUGGAUUGCGCACCUCUUUACAGCUAAACCUUGUCUUCUCUCUCUGGACAGUCAUUAAGUAUGGUCCGAUUGCAUAAACUGGGAGUUUGUAAAGAUUUCCACCGAUAAAAAACAUCGUAAUUGACACAAGCUAACAAUUACCUUAUGUGUGAAGCCAACAGGGCUACAUCGCCCAGAAUGCAGCGACACAUCGGGGAAUUUUUCAUGCGCGCGGGCGGUAAAAUUAAAAAAAUUUGUAAGAGAAUUAAUGGUGUGUGUGUGUUAACAAAUUUUAAAAAAUGGCCAGAAAGCGACCACCAGCGGGUACGUUUUCCUGUGUUACGCGCUUUUUAAUUCCUCUGGCUAACUACCAGCAUAUGGGUUUUGUAGAGGAGGGAUCAGUAGAAUGAUUUGAAACAGAAAUCUCUUGGUUACGGUUUCUACAAGUAUUAUCGAAUUUGCUUUGAAAGUUGGCUAUUUGGAAUAUUUCGAUGAAUAAAUCGGCUAACUUCACGGCUAGCAUGUAUCAGGAUGGCUUCUAGAAAUUUCCUCUUGUUUGUACAGACCCUCUUAGUUCCCCUCCCCUCUUCCUGUAUAUUAGUGAAGUGAGUCAGUGACUCAAUGAAUUAACAUAUUACGUUUUCUUGUGAUUUCUAAGGAUUACAGUUCAUUGUUACGAUUCUGGCUGUCAUUGGCAAAGCUUGCAUUUUCGCCACGUUCUUGGGGAUUUAUGUUUUCACUGCAGAAUUAUACCCAACAGUCAUCAGGCAAGUAAACCAUCCAACUUUGUGGCAUUAUGACAGGCUAUUAUCUGCACUUCAUGAAAUUAAAAAUGUAGCUGUUAUUUGACCGAUAGCUACAACUGAUAGCUCUUGCAAUGACACAAAAACCUUACCUGGUUUGGUGUAGACAUAACCUCAGAUUUACAACAAUCUUUUACGGGUAAAAGAAAUUUCAAUAAACUUUAAAAGUGAUAGGAAAAUCUUAUGGCCUAGCUAGCUUCUUCACGUUUUUUCGUGACGUCAUAUCACGCCUAUCAGCGUUUUUGCAUGACGCCACGUCCGCCAUAUUGGUGUUCCAGAACAACAACAAACGGCGUCCAUGUUGUUGUUCCAAGUAAAUCCCGUGGGAGCAGAACAUUAUCCUUUCGUAGAAACGUUGUUUUGUUUACGUUCUUUUCCAACAAAUUAAACGUUGUUUCUGGAUAAUAGCGCAACCAAAUGCAAACAAAAUAUUUUCAAAAAAAAAUAAAAAAUAGCCAUAAAAUCUUUGUGCGAGAAUUGCACACUGUUUCAAUUUUAUUUGUAACAAAACAUAGCUUAUGGAAAGUUUGUCAGUGAGGGUUGUUUAAAAGACAAAAAAUGGUUUUGUUUUCUAAAUUUUAAAACAGCAGUUGAGUCGUUGGGCAAUCUCAAUCCAUAUAGUUCUAAGUGUUAUUGAUAAGCGGGUUUUAUCAAUAUAAAUGGCACUUUUCCUUUAUUGUAGGAAUACUGGCAUAGGUGUGGUUUCAAUGAUGGCUCGUGUUGGCAGCAUGAUAACGCCAUUCAUCGUUUUAUUGGUUUGUAUAUUUAACAAUUAUUCCUCGAGCCCGAAUGGGCUCUGAGUCAGUAGCCCAUGGGGCCGAAGGCCGAAUGGGCUAUUGACUCAGAGGCCAUGAGGGUGAGAGGGGGGCUCGUAGUAGGAUGUUUUAUUUUUUCAGAUGGAUGGGCCUAUGACUGGGGGGGUAUAGGUAGAGGGGGGACCUAAGCUACAGUUUAACGUAUCCUGCAUCGACAGGCAGUGUUUCUUUUUUCAAACAGGGAAGGCUUAUUCAUUUAGCGAUAAUUCGCAAUUUUUUUUCGUUCAAGGCUGACCUUCCAAACCUGAGCAAAACUCUACCGCUGGUCAUUUUUGGAAUUUUUGGGAUUCUUGCGGGUAUUUUGGCGCUUUGGCUUCCGGAGACACUUCACAGUCCCCUGGCCCAGACAGUAGAACAGGCGGAAGCGUGGGAUGAAGACUACAAGAUAUAUUGUUGCAGACGCCACAGGUCCGCGAAGGAAGAAAUAAUCAUGGAAAUGUCGGAUAAAGAAGAGGCCAACCAAUCCUUAGUGUUAACUUAA